UAUUACAUUUCAUCAAACUUAGCCCUAGCCAGAAUUAGCCCUGUUGUGUCAUCGAUCUCACAAGAGAGCAAUAUCAUGUGGUCUCUAGUAACGGAUCUCAUUAGAGCUCUUGCAGCAAGAGUUAUACACCAACUCAUCCAUAAAGAUUUCCAUGAAGCAGUGGCUAGGAUGACAAUAAUAGACGCUUUUCUCUUCAUCAUUGUACACUCCAUAGACAAGUUGGGGUUAUGGCAUCGUUUGCCUGUUUUCUUUGGACUAUUAUACUUGGGCAUUCGUCGUCACCUUCAACAACAAUACAACCUCUUCAACGUUGGAACAACACCAGUAGGAAUUAGGUUCAACCCUUCUGAUUUUCCAUACAGAACAGAUGAUGGAAAAUAUAAUGACCCUUUCAACGAAGUUGCUGGCAGCCAAGGGUCUUUCUUUGGCAGAAAUAUUCUCCCUGUAGAUCAUAAAAACAAGCUGUUGAAGCCUGAUCCAAUGGUGGUAGCCACGAAACUACUAGCUAGGAGGACAUACAAGGACACUGGGAAGCAAUUCAAUGUGAUAGCAGCUUCUUGGAUUCAGUUUAUGAUUCAUGAUUGGAUCGAUCAUCUAGAGGACACCAACCAGAUUGAACUCAUCGCACCAAGAGAAGUUGCAAGCCAAUGCCCUCUCAAAUCUUUCAAGUUCUACAAGACAAAGGAAAUUCCCACUGGCUUCUUUGAGAUCAAAUCCGGAUCGUCAAACAUCCGUACACCUUGGUGGGAUGGAAGCGUCAUAUAUGGAAGCAAUAGAGAAGUUUUAGAGAAAGUGAGAACUUUCAAAGAUGGGAAGAUAAAGAUAUCAAAGGAUGGUCAUCUUCUCCAUAACGAAAAUGGAACAGCAAUUUCAGGUGAUGUCCGGAAUAGUUGGGCUGGUGUUUCAACCUUGCAGGCACUUUUCACUCAAGAGCACAAUGCAGUAUGUGAUGCUCUCAAGAGUAAUUAUCCUCACUUGGAAGAUGAAGAAGUUUAUCGUCAUGCAAGAUUGGUGACCUCAGCUGUGAUUGCAAAGGUUCAUACUAUCGAUUGGACCGUAGAGCUCCUUAAAACUGACACUUUACUAGCAGCAAUGCAUGCUAAUUGGUAUGGAUUAUUAGGGAAGACAUUUAAGGAUACAUUUGGGCAUGUUGGUGGAGCCGCCUUGGGUGGACUAGUGGGUCUUAAGAGACCAGAAAAUCAUGGUGUCACAUACUCUUUAACUGAGGAAUUUGUGAGUGCUUAUAGAAUACACUCACUCUUGCCUGAUAACUUGCAAUUGAGAGACAUAUCUGCUACCCCAGGACCUAACAAAUCUCCACCAUUAAUCAAAGAGAUUCCUAUGAAAAAUUUGAUUGGAGUGCAAGGAGAAGAAGCAUUGACAAAAAUAGGAGUUGAAAGGCAACUUGUGUCAAUGGGUCAUCAAGCUUGUGGGGCCCUAGAGCUUUGGAACUAUCCAUUGUGGCUCAGAGAUCUUGUACCACAGAACAUAGAUGGAACCGAAAGGAAAGAUCAUAUAGAUCUUGCUGCUCUUGAAAUUUACAGGGAUAGAGAGAGGAGUGUGGCUAGAUAUAACCAAUUCAGAAGGGCUUUAUUGUUGAUACCUAUCUCCAAGUGGGAAGAUCUAACAGAUGACCAAGAAGCAAUUCAAGUAUUGGAAGAGGUAUAUGGUGAUGACAUUGAAGAGUUAGAUCUACUAGUAGGCCUCAUGGCAGAGAAGAAAAUAAAGGGUUUUGCAAUUAGCGAGACAGCUUUUACAAUAUUCAUAUUCAUGUCAAGCAGGAGGCUAGAAGCUGACAGAUUCUUCACUAGUAAUUUUAAUGAGGAUGCGUAUACCAAGAAAGGACUAGAAUGGGUGAACACAACUGAGAGCUUGAAGAAUGUGAUUGAUCGUCACUAUCCUGAAAUGACACAUAAGUGGUUAAACUCUUCGAGUGUUUUUUCUGUUUGGAACUCACCCCCAAACACUCAAAAUCCCAUUCCUUUAUACCUUCGUGUUUCCCAUUAAUCUAUUUCUACUAAUAUUUGGCUUUCUUUUUCAAAAAAAAAAUGGAUUUCUAUCUUUAUUGUAGUUGAGUUGAAGUAUAUAAUCUAUCUUAAUUGUAUCUUGAA